GCAGAUUCCAGUAACAGUUACCAUAGCAACUGAGACAGUUGCUUUAUCCAACAAAUUGGUCACAUUUCUGCUGAGCUAAUGAUGGGAGCUUCUUAUGAGGAAGAAUCUGUCGAUAUUGGAGUCACCAAGUGCUAAGUUGAUAGAAAAAUACCAAUUUAGGACAACUUGUUGGGAUAACAAUUGAGUGACGUGUCCGGUCUAGCAUAUUAACUCUUUCAUUUCUAUUGGUAUUCAUCCUUUGACACUUGAACCUAAUUGGCAGCAUUGAGACCAAUACCAUUUGACAAGUUAAAAUCAUAUGCAUGCGAAUGCGUGGAUUAAUCUCAGCGGAUUAUAUGGAAAGUGGAAUAUAGUGUGGAAUGUAAUACCGUAUGUAAAUCUGACUUUGGGCUACAUCGAUGCAGUAUGCAUUAUUUAUCCCAUAGACAUUUUUCUCUCACGAAAAUACCCACCAGGGGGUGAUUAUCAACAUCAAAGGAGAUUUCUCAAAUCCUGAUACAUUGGCACCUACUGGAUAUAUCACCAAUAUGUCCUAGAAGUGAAAUUACUGAGAAGCCACAUCUAAGAUAAUCUGGGAAAUGAACAUCGGUGCAGUCUUUUGGAAACAUAUCCGACUUAUAAAGAAGAGAACUAAUUAUUAGGUACAUGGAUUGAGAUUUAUUAUAAACGAGCUUUAAUAUAUGUCAUCAAUCAUCCGGUAUCAUAAUAAAACCAGGAAAAGUUAAUGACGCUACUACAGGAUGAACUGUAGGACAAAUGAAAUGUUUACAAUUCGUGAUUGAUAUUGUAAUUAGACUUGAAUCCCCAGUGUGUGUGCUCACUGAAGCCUAGUAGCUUUGUUGAAUGUAUCGCAAUGUGGACUAUAUACAGAUUUCUUGCCAUGUAUGGAAUGGUACUAUAUCAUACACUACUAUGGGGUUUACUCUUGCAGUUUUACCCUACCACAGGUCUCCAGAGACAGUUGGAUCUAUAUGAUCAUUGGAGCUUGACUAAUGGGUUUCACAGCCCUUCACAUAGCAGAAAAAAUCAUGAUUAUAAAUCAACUAAAAAUAAAAGAGUUAUCCAUGAGUCCCAUUUCAUGAGGAUAAAUAAGAUUAAGUAUCCUAACUUAAGUGAUUUAUCUAACUUAGUGUCAAAACGCAUUAGGCCAAUGAGAAAUAGUAAUUUACAAGAGUUAACAUUGGAAGUGCCAAAAGAAAAUGAGAUUCAAGUCAGUGAUGCUUUAAUGGAUCUUAAUCUUGUUUCCAAUAGUCUUUUAUUACGUCUUUAUAACCAAAAUAGACAAACUAAACCAAAUAGGCGGAAAAGGCAAGCAAUGGACUAUGAUAAUGUAAACAGAAUGUCUCCAUCAUUGGAAGACAUUGUAAAGGGGACUUCUAGUACAGAAUCAUCUGAGAAUCUAGUUACAUCUGAUGGUGCUGAGAGUAAUGGCAAAUUGACCAUCUCAACAAUUGACACAUAUCAGACAAUUGACACUGAAAACUCCAAUGGUGUUACAGGGAACAUUCAUGGUGCUUCUAAGACUAUAUAUCAUACUUUAAAUCAUGAUUCAGAUGUUAACACUGGCACUGCAGCUGAAUUGUCUGACACUGCAGCUGAAAUGUCUGACAUGACAGUUGAAAUGCCUGACACUAUAGCUGAAAUACCUGACACUACAGCUGAAAUGCCUGACAUGACAGUUGGAAUGCUUGACACUAUAGCUGAAAUACCUGACACUACAGCUGAAAUGCCUGACAUGACAGUUGAAAUGCCUGACACUACAGCUGACAUGUCUGCCACUACAGCUGAAAUGUCUGAAACUACAACUGAAAUGCCUGACACAACAGCUGAAAUACCUGACACUACAGCUGAAAUGCCUGACAUAACAGUUGAAAUGUCUGACACACCAGUUGAAAUAUCUGACACUACAGCUGAAAUGCCUGAUACUACAGCUGAAAUGUCUAACAUCGCAACUGAAAUGCCUGACAUGACAGUUGAAAUGCCUUACACUACAGCUGAAAUUUCCGACUCUGCAGCUGCAAUGCCUGACACAACAGCUGCAAAUGUUGACACUUCAGCUGAAAUGACCAACAAAACAACUGAUUUGUCUGACUCUACAGCUGCCAUACCUGACACAACAGCUGAAAUGCCUGACACAACAGCUGAUAUAUCUGGUUUAUAUAAUUCAAUAGCUGCAAUACCUUACAUAACAUCUGCAAUAUCUGACAUUACAGCUGAAAUGCCUGAACCUACAACUGGUAUUUCUAAAUCUUUAGAUAUGUCUCUCUCUACAACUCAAAUGUCUCAUAACUUCCCAGUAACUGAUAACACAGCAGUAAUAACUGAGGAACCAGAUGACUCAACUGAUAUUUCUGCCUCCUCAAUCCAAAAUAUCUCUAGUCAAACUACUAAAGAACAAUCAAAUAUAACAGACACAAUGAUAAGUACAGGUCUUAGGACUCUAGAUGUAACAACAGUGCAAUAUACAAACAGUGAACCUACUUCAUCCAUUGAACAAAGUCCAACAACUUCACCUGAAACAGAGAUCACUAUUGAUGAUAUGUCUUUGACAACCAGAAACUCUGGAGUCAAAGGGGAUGAAAUAACAGAAAUGACAUCCAACAGUCCAAGUACAGUUGAACUUGAAAUUACCUAUAAUUCUACAACACAUUUUGCACAAAAUGAUGAUGCUACUACAGAUGAAUCUAUGCUUCAAGAAACUGCUAUGAUGACAGAGGUCCCUCUUGAAACUUCUAAAUCUAGAUUUACAACCGUUGCUUCAUCAAGAGAAACACGACAUGUGAACCAAUCUAAUAGUUCACCAACUAUGGUCCCAAAUACUCCCCUGACACCCACAGAAAGCAUCGUCACUGUGACUGAUGAUGGGAAAUUGGUUUCCAUUGAAACUGUGAAUAAUACAAGUGCUGCCAUCUUUGAAUCAAUCUCAACUUUAGAUCCAUCAAUGAACUCCUCUGAGGAAAUGACUUCUCCCUCUAAUCCUACUAAUAUUGAUGAAUUAUCAACAAUUAUCAGUGAACCGCAAACCCUUGAAUCAUUCGUCACAAUUCCCUUGGCUGAUAUGAAAACAGUGAGUCAUAAUUAUAAAACAACUACAUCCCCACAGGAAUCUCAAACCACAACUGAUUUAGAAGCUACUUUAAGUGUAACUGAUGGAAUUAUUAAAUCUGACACAACUUUUGAAAGUUCAACAGUAGGUAUUGAUACAGAAAAUGUUACUGUUAAGUCUGCCUUGGAACCAGUCCCUACUGUUAAAUCUACAAAUGAACAAUCCUCUACUCCUGUUUCCACAAGUGCCCAAGUUAUUAUUCACGACUCAACAAGUAAUUCAACCUUUACUCCUGAACUGACCAGUGAACCAGGACCUAGUCCAGUUCUCACAAGUGAAACAGCUCCACCUCUGGAACCCACAAGUGAGCCAUCCCCUGAGCCUACAAGAGAACCAACCACCAUUCACAAGGCUUCAAGUGAACGCAUACCUACUUUUGAGCUUACAAGUGAGCCGGUCCCUGAGCCAACAAGUCAAGCAACUCGUACUUUUAAGUCAACAAGUGAAUCGGUUUCUACUCCCAAGCCUACGAGAAAACAAUCCCCUACUCCUAUGUUGACAAGUGGAACAGUCUCUACUCCCACGCCUUCAAGAGAACAAGCCCCUACACUUGAGCCCACAAGUGAACCAGCCCCUGACCCUCCAAGUAAACCAACAACUACCCCCAAGCCUUCAAGUGAACCAGCCCCUGACCCUCCAAGUAAACCAACAACUACCCCCAAGCCUUCAAGUGAACCAGUCUAUACAACCAAGAUGAAAUCUGAACCCACAAGUGAGCCAGAGAGCAGUAGCUGGCCAGACAUAUCAGACAGCAUCCCUGAGCCUGAAAUGAGGCCAACUCUCCCUCCAUAUGCAGAACCAGAACCAGACUGGUCUAUAGCCAAGCCCAUUCUGCAAGAAGCAUGGGAAGUCCAUGUGUACCUAGUUGGUGUAUUAUUUGCUCUCCUUGCUUUAUACUCACUGGUCAGUAUCAUCAGACUGUACAACAACAAACAUCUACUCAGUCAAGGCUAUUUCAUUGCUCUCAAUGCUCUUAUGUUCAUAAUGGGCAGUUUCAGGGCAGUAUAUUUCCUAGUGGAUGCCUACAACUCUAAUCGAACAUUCCCCAUCUGGCUGUCAUACUUCAUGUAUGGUAUAGGACUCCCUUGUCUUACAUCAGCCUUCAGUGUGCUCUUCCUAGCACUGUUACAAACUACUAAGAUGCAACUCCUUUCCCCACGCAUACAAAAACUCAGUUGUCUUAUCCUCAUUAUUGCUCUCCAUUUUAUCCUGCACAUCGUGGCAGAUGUCCUCAUAGCAUUCUUCUUUGACAGCAAGAUUAUUGUUCUCAUAUGUCAGAUCUUCUUCUGCAUGUGGGGGCUGAUUCUAUUUGGAGGUUAUUUCUAUAUAUUCAGAAAGUUGUAUAAAUCUGCCGUAAAGAGACAAAAAACAAUGAUGGCCUCUAGUGUGAGUCUCAUGAAAUAUAAACUACAAGAUGUGAUACCGAUUAGGAAACCACAUAAGUUAACUUUAGGAAUUGCAGUGAAGAUAACAUUCGUAACAGCCAUAUUUGGACUGAUUUGUGCCAUUUUACAGAUCUAUGCGAUGGCUGGAGUGUACAGUGUGUUCAGUCAGGAGAUACCUCAACCAUGGCCCUGGUGGGGCUUCCAGUUUGCACAGCGUCUUACCGAGCUAGCAAUGUGUUUCACCAUGAGCUAUGUUGCAACACAACCAUUUCGUUACAACAAACCCAAACAGCGCAGCUCCUGUAAAAUGUUUGAUUCCUACUUUUUCGCUCCAUGUUGUCGAAUCUGUCGCGGGGACUCCUAUGAUAUUAAUGAGGACUUAGACCUCGGCUGGGAUGCUCUCACAGGAUCAAUGCACGAUUCAAUUUAUAAAAAAGACAUUGCACAGUUCAGUUUGGAAGAAGUUCAUCCACUACAUACUGGCGCUAAUGGUCAUAAAGAUAAUGUGACCAAUGGAAAUGCUCAAAAAUAUUCAACGUUGCAGUCAUCUAGUUCAGGAAGUACCACCAGACCACCUUCAUCUAUGUUGGUGAUUGAGGAUGGACGUAUACGAUUCCGUCUUGAGAAUGAGAUUGAGGAAAGCAUUCCUGAUUUGUCAUCUGGAGAGGAGGAAACUAGUGGCUCCCACUAUUGGCGGGAAAGUUCAGCACAGCCAUCAGAUAAUUCAAACACUAGUUUAUUAAAACACAAAGUGCAAGAUUUUAAUUCUGGAAUGGCGAAUGGAGCACACUCGCCUUCGACAUUAAGUCAUAAAUCCCCUACACCAAGUUUUAAAUUCAAUGGUACAUCACUGACUGAAUCUAGUGACUCUGACUUCAGACCACCUUCCCCACUGAACCUCAACAUCAGUAUAGAGAAUGCACUACAUAGGGUCCUAAUGGGUCAAACAGGAACCAGUCCCCCUAAGUCACACAAUGGACUAUCACACCCUGGCUCUGUGAAAUCGCUACAGGGAAAUUACAAAACAUGUUCAGUGAAUGGCAGUAGUGAGGAAGACUUGCCAAAAUCAGUAGAGCUACCAAGGAAAUUCAAACCUAAAUUGAUUAUGAAAGUUCAUUCGAGUAAUAAUGUAGAUGCUCAAUUUUAGAUGCCUCAAUAAUUGUAUGCAUAGCAGUAUAUGUAUUUGAUAAAAGAUAUAGUUGUCAGAUUGUUGUUAUUUAUUAUUAGAGUGUCUGUCCAUUGUACAACUGUGUUUUUUAUUUAUUUCAUACAUUUGAUAAAAACUGGUGCAUGUAUUGCAUUUGUAAACAACUAAGUAUUUCAUUGAGCAUUGUAACAUGUGUACCUUAGACUCUUAUGGUCCAUGUUCAAAUGUAACAUCUACCAGCCUGAAACUGUAUUCAAUCAAUGACUUUUAUAGAAUAUAUUAUGAGGUUAUAUAAUGGCUCUUUCUGUAUAUCGUGUUUAUACUCGAGUAUAUGGUAUAUUCACAAGU